CAAGGGAAGUGACGUCAGGGUCGGUGCUCGCCACGUGACCCGGUUGUUUUUGUUUCUUUCCUGGCUGAAAACAAAAACCAACACGAAAGGACGCGAGUGAAUGGAGAAUAUGCGCUCACUCGUCGGGCUUGCCGCUGUGGUGGUCGCCGCUACCGUCUACCUUUAUUCGCUGUCUCUGUACCUGCCGCCCGGACCGGUGAGAUCCGUUCACACCGCCGGAGCAGAAGGGACCUCCGGGUCGCCGGCCGCUGAGAGCCCGGAGGACACGAGCAGCAGGUUGAAGUUCCCGUCCAACUUGGAGGACCUGCGGGAGCUGUCGGCGCUUCUUCAGUUCUACAAAACGGAGCACACGGCCUACGUGCUGCUGCUCUUCUGCAGCGCUUACCUGUACAAGCAGUCCUUCGCCAUCCCCGGAUCCUCCUUCCUGAACAUCUUAGCGGGAGCCAUAUUUGGCCUGCACCAGGGUCUGCUGCUGGCCUGCGCGCUGACCACGGUGGGCUCCACCGCCUGCUACUUCCUGUCCCAGGCCUUUGGCAAGCGCUACAUUGUCAGCGUCUUCCCCGAUAAAGUGGCUGCGCUCCAGAGGAAGGUGGAGGACAACAAGGACUGCCUGUUCUUCUUCCUUCUCUUCUUGCGGUUCUUCCCCAUGACGCCCAACUGGUUCCUCAACAUGUCGGCCCCCGUCGUCAACAUCCCCGUCGCUUUCUUCUCCUGCUCCGUCUUCAUCGGUUUGCUGCCCUACAACUUCAUCUGCGUGCAGACGGGCGUGAUGCUGGCGGAGGUGUCGUCCCUGGACCACCUGUUCUCCUGGCAGCGCCUCGGCCAGCUCCUGGCCGUGGCGUGCGCGGCGCUGCUGCCCGGCGCCCUCGUCCGCCGCUACGGCCGGCGGCGCCUUGGGGCGGCGGCGGCCGCCGCGCACGAGCGCAACGGACUCCCCGACGACAAGAAGGUCCAAUGACUGUCUGUGCUGGAUUGUUUAUUCGGACUACCGGACUCGCCCGACGCCAGUACGCCUAUGCGGGACAUAUUCAGAGAGGGAGAGGCACUUGAGAUUGUUCUGAACGUCUUACCUCACAGCAGUAUUGAAACUUUCCUGCUUCGACCACACACUUCAGAGAGAAGUGCUUUAUUUGGAAGCAAAACAGCAUUUUGUAUCUUAAAUGUUGCAUUAGCCAGUCCAGAGCGUACCCCGCCUCUCGCUAUUUGGUGUCAGCUGUGAUUGGUUCCGGGUCAGCCGCUAGCCGAACAACGACAGAACGGACGGAUGUUCUUCUUCAUUUUUAGCAAAUGGACGUAUACUUCACCCAGGCAGCAGAAAGCCUGUGAAUUAUUCACACAAUGAAACGGACCUUUCCGAUGGCCAUCUUAAGCUCCGCCCCGUCAGCCAUGUCCCACAAGCUUCCAAAAUGGCGACUGAACAGAACAGGUUUGAAGUUGAUUCUCAAGCGCGUCUUCCAGAUAAUAUUGCGGUAUGUUUUUUGCCAAAUGCGUCGGACUUGUCCAAGAGAGUUCUACAGAGAGGUCUCAACUAUUUCACGCAAGGAUAUGUGCACGGAAUUAAGAUUUUGAUAUUGUCCAUAUUUAGUUGUACGUGUGCGCUUCCGCGAGCCUUAAUCCAUCGUAGAGAUUUCGUCAACUGUGUUUUGGCUUUGGAAAAUGAAUCAAACGGGCCGCUUGUAACCCUUUCAUCAGAAUUGCACGUUCUCCAAGCGCAUCCGAGGACCAUUUUCUUCGUAAUGUUAACUUUUCCGAGCGCACGCGACUGACAACCAGCGUUGCUUGUGGGACAAUAUGGCGAGAGGGGCGUGUCAAGCCAGGGGUUAAGACAACUCGGCUAUCUGAUUGGCUAUUAUUGUACGAGUGGUUGACAGGUCAUAAAGGUCAAGCCCGAGUUGAUCAUGAAACCUGGGAGAGUGCCGAGACGAAAAAGGCCACAAUAUUAGGGACACCUGCACAAGCCAAAUGCAAGAGCGGCAUUAUGCAAUCCGCUUUGAUGAAAAUUUUGAUUGGCACUGUCUGGGGUGUUUCGGAUAAAAAUGUGUUCAUGUCAUUUUACAACAAACAAAAAUCUUCGUAUGAAAAUAAAGUAUUUUUUUCCCAAUA